UUUCAUCCCGUGUCAUCCCAUCUUCCGUCGCUCCUCGCUCCCACUUUCACUCGGCCGAGAAGUCGGUGUGGGUGAAAAUAUUCGUAUUCAUCGAUCGCCCACUUUCGCCUGCUUGCUUUCACUACACAUGUAAAUACCACUUGCUUGCUUUCACAUACCACAACCAACCAACUACAUCGCUUUUACCACUGAAUUAACAACUGACACUCGCAAAUCUUGUCUUUCUUCUCGUGUAAUCUCUCUCACUCUCUGCCAAUCCUAACAAUAUUAUCGCAACAGGUCUUCACUGACGUCGCUACUUUUUAUGCUUUCCCCUCAAAUAAACAAAUAUUCAACAAGUCUUCCUCAUUUAAAUAAUAGUACGGAUUCGCUAAAAAUUUCCAUUUGUAAUUGAAUAAAUAGUCUGAUUUUGCUAAGAGGAUGGAGGUGGCGUUCAGCAAUUUGGGUAAGGUUUCGGAAGAGGAGGAGGAAGAAGAGGAUAACCGAGGCGAGAGGUUGAGCAACGUGUUGGAGGACACGGUGAUAAGCAUGAGUGACAAUAACGUCGUGACGACGAUGACUGGAGAGGAGGAAAAACAGAUGCAGUUUGACCAGGAGGACAGCGACAUUUCCGACGCUAUGUUAGACUCGUCGUCUCCAGUGUUCAAAUGGUUGACAAAAAUCACCGGGGUGGAUUUGAGGAUAAGAUGUGACGUGUUUUUGGAGCCUCCAAAGGUUCACUUGGACCUCACGCUGUCCACGGGACGGCACCUCUGCUUAGAUAACCUCCGCCAGUGUUCAGACGAUGCGAUUGAAGACAUCACUAAAAAUAAGACCGUCAUGGUCAGAACUUAUAAAGGGAAGGAUUUGCUUAAAAUUAAGUGUACUCAUGACUCCAAAAUAUUUUCCGUAAUGGAACCUCACUCUGAUCAGCCUGUCUCGAUAAUGACUAUUUCUCAAACCAGGGCAAGAAUGGAAAUCCACAAUUUGGUGCAGGAUGAGUGGUACUUUGUUGAUCUGAGUAAUCGACGCAGUAAACUUAUUCUGUUGCGGUCUGAAAGUGGGUCCGAACUGGGAAGAAUUGAAGGGUUUGGUGAUUUCGAGCCGCAAAGUUCUUUCAAUGGAAAUGUCAUGAUUUUAAAACCUAAACUUAAAUUUACUUGGGGAUCAGACGUAGAAGGUCUGGACAAUAUUCAGAAGGCGAUUUUGCUCAGCAUUUUUAUCGCAUUGGGGUUAACGUUUGACGGGGACGUGAGGAAAACGACGGACGCCUUCAAUUUGUUCGCCACCUUGACCAUGGCCAUCUUAAUAAUUUGUUCGGUCAUGGUUUACCGCAACUCGGAGUCGUUCAAGGCGCACAGGAACUUAAUAUUUGUGAUUAACUGUGUCGUACUGUUGUUCAUACUGGGAUUUUUGUAUUUAGUGAGAUGUUGUCUUCGUUGACAAACAAAAAACUAUCAUCAGAAACUUUUGUGAGUCAGUAUUCAGAUAAGUAUUAUACAUGCAGAGAGAAUUUGUAACAACAUUUUCACAUACAUUUAUGUACUAUGCAUGCAAUAAUGGAAUGAUGUCAAAAGUUAUGCGUUGUACGAAAAUAAACUGAUAUUUUUAAGCAAG